AUGGUGAGUUCAAACAGGAUGCUGAAUCGAUACCCGUCGUGUAACGCCCCCACUAAUAAAAUCCCGGACCAUCCACACUUCGAUGAAUCACUGUGUUGUUUGUAUAAUAUCAUGUUCUUGCAGGAGAUUCAAGACAACUCAGGGCCGACAGACGAUGGGGAAGUAUCCGCCAAUCUUACCCUCACCGCUCUAGUAGAGGCUAUCGCUAAAGCUGGCGGUGUAAGCUAUAACUUCACCGAAAUACCACCUGUCGAUGGUCAAGAUGGCGGACAGCCGGGAGGAAACAUUAGAACUGCGUAUCUGUACCGACCGGAGAAGCUCAGGUUAGUACAAGAUGCACCUGUGGGGGGUCCGAUAGAUAGUGUCGAGGUGGUCGAUAGGGAUGGAAAAGUGUCAUUGAGGCCGAAUUGA